GGGGAGGGGUGAGUGGGCGAGACGAGAGAUUACAACACAGUGAGUGACCGUCAGCUUCUCCACUAUUCAGCCUCUGUUUUCAGAACCGGGAGGGCCAGGACGUUUCAGCCAGCAGCACCGGAGUCUGUCCACUUAUCCUCCUCUUCCUCCUCCUCCUGCAGCAGCAGCAGCAGCUCCUCUCUUUGAGACAACAUGCGUGAGAUAGUGCACCUGCAAGCCGGACAGUGCGGGAACCAGAUUGGUGCCAAGUUCUGGGAGGUGAUCAGUGAUGAGCACGGCAUCGACCCAACCGGAACCUACCAUGGGGACAGUGACCUGCAGCUGGACAGAAUCAAUGUCUACUACAAUGAGGCCUCAGGUGGUAAAUACGUCCCAAGGGCCAUCUUAGUGGAUCUGGAACCAGGCACCAUGGAUUCUGUGCGCUCUGGUCCUUUUGGCCAAAUCUUCAGACCUGACAACUUUGUCUUUGGUCAGAGUGGAGCAGGUAACAACUGGGCCAAGGGUCACUACACAGAGGGAGCUGAGCUGGUAGACUCAGUCAUGGAUGUGGUGAGAAAGGAGGCUGAGAGCUGUGACUGCCUGCAGGGUUUCCAGCUCACACACUCCUUGGGUGGUGGCACUGGCUCUGGCAUGGGAACUCUGCUCAUCAGCAAGAUCCGCGAGGAGUACCCCGAUCGUAUCAUGAACACCUUUAGUGUGGUGCCCUCUCCCAAGGUGUCGGACACAGUGGUUGAGCCGUACAACGCCACGCUGUCCGUCCACCAGCUGGUCGAAAACACAGACGAGACUUACUGCAUCGAUAACGAGGCCCUCUAUGACAUCUGCUUCCGCACCCUCAAACUCACCACACCCACUUACGGAGACCUCAACCAUCUGGUCUCUGCCACCAUGAGUGGGGUGACAACUUGCCUGCGUUUCCCCGGCCAGCUCAAUGCUGACCUCCGCAAAUUAGCUGUCAACAUGGUGCCCUUCCCACGGCUGCACUUCUUCAUGCCCGGUUUUGCUCCCUUGACCAGCCGAGGCAGCCAGCAGUACAGAGCCCUCUCUGUGCCUGAACUCACUCAGCAGAUGUUUGACGCCAAGAACAUGAUGGCCGCCUGCGACCCGCGCCACGGUCGCUACCUGACGGUGGCUGCCAUCUUCCGUGGCCGCAUGUCCAUGAAGGAGGUGGAUGAACAGAUGCUGAAUGUGCAGAACAAGAACAGCAGCUACUUCGUGGAGUGGAUCCCCAAUAACGUUAAGACGGCCGUGUGCGACAUCCCGCCCCGUGGGCUCAAGAUGUCCGCUACCUUCAUUGGCAACAGCACAGCCAUCCAGGAGCUGUUCAAGCGAAUCUCCGAGCAGUUCACCGCCAUGUUCCGUCGCAAGGCUUUCCUCCACUGGUACACUGGUGAGGGUAUGGAUGAGAUGGAGUUCACUGAGGCGGAGAGCAACAUGAACGACUUGGUGUCCGAGUACCAGCAGUAUCAGGACGCUACAGCUGAGGAGGGGGAGUUUGAGGAGGAGGGAGAGGAGGAGGUAGCCUGAGGCUACAAUCACUCAUCAUUUCACUACUGUACUCAUCACAACUCAAUUCAACCAUCCAUCCAUCCACUGAUUUCAGGCCUGUUCUACUCUCUAAUCUUAACACAACCUCUCAGACUUUCUUGACCCUGCGUUCCCCAUGUUUCCCUUUCUCUCUCUUCCACUGACAACCUUCAUUCCUCCAUGAGAGUAAGAUUCACAUCUCUAAGCUGACUGUCCCAUUUUGGUGCUUGUGGUCGUUGUGGUCAGUAGUGGUCUUCUGCUGAUGUUUAUUUGUCUUCAUUGGUCAGUUUCAUGCAUGAGAUAUGUAUUGAAUACAUUGUCUAAUUUGGCAUUGAUUCUGCAAAUAAAACCUGUUGGAAAAAUUA